AUGGCCAAAUCUAUUGAUACCUGUCAAAGUUCAAAUGGAGCAGUUGGAAGUGCAAAUUCUAUAAAAUUCCCAGCAACAUGGUGCAAUGAAAGAUCAAGAUGGAGUAGAACAGAGGAUAAACACCAAGGAAAUGAAAUCACGGCUCUGAAAAACAAUAAGAGCAACAUGCCCUCAUCUUAUUCAGUAUCUUUACUGCUUAUUCUAUUAGUAUUAGUGGGUGUGGGAGUUUGUCAGAAUUGUGGGUGUUCCAAUGGACUGUGUUGCAGUAAAUAUGGAUACUGUGGAUCAGGCAAUGCUUACUGUGGAGAAGGUUGCAAAGAAGGCCCUUGUUAUUCUUCUCCAUCUACUGGAGGUGGUGGAAGCGUGGGUUCCAUAGUUACUGCUGGUGUUUUUAACUCUAUAGUUGGAGGAGCAGGCAGUGGGUGUAAAGGAAAGGGGUUUUACAACUAUAAUGCUUUUAUUAAUGCUGCCAAUGCUUUCAAAGGAUUUGGAACAUCUGGGUCUUCUGAUGUUAAUAAGAGAGAAUUGGCUGCCUUCUUUGCUAAUGCUGCCCAUGAGACUGGAGCAUUUUGCUACAUUGAAGAGCAAAAUCCUGGUAGCGACUACUGUGAUUCUUCCAACACCCAAUAUCCUUGCAAAGCUGGAAAGCGUUAUUAUGGUAGAGGCCCUCUUCAAAUCUCAUGGAACUACAACUACGGAGCAGCAGGAAACUACUUGAAAUUUGAUGGGUUGAACAAUCCAGAGAUUGUGGCAUCUGAUUCCACUAUCUCAUUUAAGACAGCAGUGUGGUUUUGGAUGGUGAAUAGCAACUGUCAUAAGGCAAUUACUAAUGGGCAAGGCUUCGGAGCCACAAUCAGAGCCAUUAAUGGUAUGGAAUGUAAUGGAGGAAAUUCUGGAGCUGUGAGUAGCAGAGUCAAUUAUUAUCAAAAGUUUUGCAAGCAACUUAACAUCGAUCCAGGAUCGAAUCUUCGAUGCUAA